AUGUGUACGAUGAAUGUUCUUCGUGAACCUGUUCAGCUAUGUGAAGUAGUUGGAAAUUCAAAAUAUAGUAAUUGUUAUAAAAAAACUAGUUCUAUGUGUCCCGAAGCAAAGGUCACGCAUCCAGCCAUCAUAGAGACUAUUCAAACAAAACCAUUUCCAAUACGAGGGUUUUUUAUAAUUGAUUACUAA